CCCGUGCUUUGUGUCCCCCAUGGGCCCAUUGAUGAAGUGUGUCCAGAGAGUUGCUCUGCCUCCUCCCCCAGGCCGGGCUGAUGGUGGGGAGGCCGGCCUAUGGGACAUGUUUAAGCUGAGCCUGGCCCCUCAUGCUAUUCCUCUUUCUCUCUUGGCUGCUUUGAUCUGCUCUCCUCCUCCUGCUCACAUCCCUGGCUCUGGGGCUCCUGCAGGGAAGGCAGACAUGGAGCUGCUGUGCUGUGAGGUGGACACCAUCCGGAGAGCCUACCUGGAUAAAAACCUACUGACCGACCGGGUCCUCCACACCAUGCUCAAAGCCGAGGAGACCUCCUGCCCCUCCAUGACCUACUUCAAGUGUGUGCAGAGAGAGAUCCUGCCCUACAUGAGGAAGAUUGUGGCCACCUGGAUGCUGGAGGUUUGUUCAUUUCUUACCCUGAACCCCAGGGCUAUGGGAGACCCCCCAAACACCACAUGCACCCCCUAACACAAGAACCCUAUGUAUAAAGGAUCCUCCCCCCAUCCCCAGGUCAUGGAGGGACCCCCAAACUCAGGAACCCUUUGUAUAAACUGUCUGAGAGGAAUCUCACAAACCCACAUGGGCACAUACCCAGGAGGUCUGCUGAAUCAUGCCCACCCUCAGAUGCCACCACCAUGCAAUCUCUCAAUGAAGGGGCCAGGAACCCACACAAUGAGACCAUGUGGCUUGCUCAUACCCCCAGCCCUCACACAGACACUAUAAGUAGGGGGGGACAGGCACUUUAAGUGGGGGGCAGACAAUAUGAGUAGAGGUACACACACUAUAAGAAGGGGUGCUGGGAGGCAUACUCUCCUGGGGUCAGUGUACUCUGAUUGAGGGCACUAGCACCCAUUGUGCCAGGGUGACUUUACCUACCAUGCCCUGAGCACUCCCAAUGUGGGGGGUCUCAUCCAUGAGUAAAGGUUUUUUUUUUAGAGGAUUUACACCCCAGUGAGGUCUCAGAGAAGCCUCCCUCUUCCUGCCCCGGGUCACCCCUAUGCCCUUCUCCCGGUCACUUUCACCCCUAGUACACGGUAUGUACACGUAUACAGAACCGGCUGCGCCAUCUUCCUGCUUUCUGGCACUAAUUAGCCCACGGGCGAUGAUAAUGUGUGGCCGGGGAGGCGGCCAUAAAUGCAAGACCCCCCAUUACCGUCCCCCCGAACCCCCAUUCGUCACAUGGAGCAGAGGAAGCACAGCUGCAUUGUCUGUCAGUAACCUGCUGCUCACCCUAAAAUCGGGAUACUUUUAUCAAGACAGAGUUACAUUUCAUUCGAAUUCUGGAAUUCACUGUGAAAUGAAUUAGCAUGCAGCUCCCAAAGCAUGGUCAUCUGAACUUUUUUUCUUACUUUUUUUUUUUUUUUAUAUAGUUGAAAAACUACUAGUUAGGGAAUAAACCAUCACUGAAUUAUUAAUUUUUUUAGUCCUAUUUGACCCCUAAUACACUGUUUUGGCAUAUUUAUAUAUUGCACAAAAAGUUUUUAUUUUUUAUUAUACACACAAACAAAUUGCUGUGCAUCAUCUGCAGCUUAUUCAGUACUUAGUUACAAGACAACAUGGAAUUUUAUGUAGCCACAACUCCAUUAGUAAAUAUAAUUAAAUAUAUAUAUACUGUAUGUAUAUGUAAUGCAUGGUAAUAUUCAUUUGGGCUGCCUGUUGCUGACAUGUUAUAAUGACUGGUUUCUAAUCCAGCUUUUAGUAACAUUUUUUUUUCCCCACCUUGUGUUUGUUAAGGUCUGCGAAGAACAGAAGUGUGAAGAAGAGGUCUUUCCACUUGCAAUGAACUACCUGGACAGAUUCUUGUCUGUUGAACCCCUAAGGAAGAGCAGAUUGCAACUGCUUGGGGCAACUUGCAUGUUCCUGGCCUCUAAAAUGAAGGAAACCGUCCCCCUAACUGCAGAAAAACUAUGUAUUUACACAGAUAAUUCCAUCAGGCCAGAGGAACUAUUGGUAAUUUCCUGUUUACUAUGAUUGAGCGAAUUUAGUCUGUGAACGCUGCACGUCUGUUUACCUGGCACUUUCGGAAAAAGUUUGGCUACUAUUUUAUGGCUGCUAGCUGCCUUGUGUCCGCAGCUGGAGAUAAGAGCCUGUCCCUUACUUCUGGCGACUGCAACAUAUUGACACAUGCAUUCACACGUUGGGUACAUUGUGUCUGUGUAUAUUAAUAUGUAUUCUCGUAGCGGUAUAUUAAAGAUAAAUCUGCGUGCGUGUUUUUAUACAUCUGUACUAUAAGCGCGUAUUUCUAACUGUCGUGUGUGUGAAUGAAUGUUUUUGGUAUCUCAUACAGAAAGAGAAAGUAGAGAAAAGUGAAACAAUAAAUUUUCCUUUUGAAAUCACAGACAAUGUAAGAACACCAUGCUUGUACCACAUGCAGCGUGCUCCGCUCAUCAUGGUGUGCGGCGCCCCCAUAUGGUCAUAUGGUGUAUGUGCACUGAGGAAAUGAUUUGCAAUUGCUGCUCUGGAUAACGUGAAUUUUCAGAAUCACGCUGGAAGUUUCGGACUGUAGUGGCCCUUUAAAGCUAUACAUUAACAUUAAUGGACUUGACUUGUGUAUUUCCCUACGGUUCGGUUUGAAAAACAGCUGCUGCUUUGAGCACUGUUCUCUGUGACGGGUGCUUAGAGACAGGCAGCUGAUUCUCUUAAUUAUAAUAAUAUAUAUUCUGUGAUAUGUGUGAAGAGACAAGAAGGUCUAGCCACAUAAUUAGCCUGGAAUCAGUUCCAGUAUUUUAUGGGAAAGCGUCAUAGAGAAGGGGGUAAAGAAGUCCUUAAAAUAAAUUGGUAAAAAUCAGUAUUUGGCAUUUUCCAUCCUUUCAUUAAUUAAACAAAAAUUUAGUUAAACAACUAUAAUAAGUAUUAAGGUUCUAGUUUUAUAGCUUUAUCUACAAACUCAAACAAUUUAAUGCCAUCACAGGUUCUUAAAACAUAUUGUAUGACAUAAGGCUAAAUAUACUGUGCUCUCAGAAUGUUCUUAUUGUCUCAUGUAUUUUCAUUCCAGAUAUUUUAUUCGUAAAAUUGUGUUUUUGGCAUAGUUAGUAAGUCUUAUCUUGACAACUGUGCUCCAAAUGUGCUUUUAUAUAUUGUCAUCCAGCAGGAGGCAGUAGUAUCAUAUUUAUUGUUUCCUAGUGUCUUUGGCGUUCUUUGGUAAUUGUUGUAACAAGCAUAAAAAAAAUAUAUAUAUAUAUUAUUAUUAUUAUAUUUAUAUAGCGCCAUCAGAUUCCGUAGCGCUGUACAAUAUACUAAGUCCAGAACAGACAAGUUUUCUUGCAGUUCCAUGUGUAGAUGCCAUUCUGUGUACAAUGGAACAUAGUAUAUAACUUUUUGUACAUAUUGCGCUAUUUUAUUGAUCAGUGUUAUUUCUGUGGCUUGUCAUCGCUCAUUCUCACAAAUGUCCGUCCAUUUCUUUCUUAUUUCGUCUUUUUUUCUAGUUAAUGGAGCUGCUGAUUCUCAACAAGUUGAAAUGGGACAUGGCCUCCGUAACGCCCCACGGUUUUAUUGAACAUUUUCUUAACAAAAUGUCACUGAACGAGGACACCAAGCAGAUCAUCCGUAAACACGCCCAGACUUUUGUGGCUCUCUGCGCUACAGGUACGGGUGUUAUAAGGAAUGUUCUGGAAAGGCCUCACUAGCCAUGAUGAUCAUGAUGUUUACUGUAAAUGCACAUAAAGGCCUCAUGUUACAAUGUGGAUUACUGACCUUGGGGGUUAAAAUAUGAUGGACAAGGUAAGUUUCAAACUCUACGAUGAGCUGGAAGGCUCUGUAAAAUCUCCUUAUUUUUUUUUAUAAUAUUUUUUUUUUAAAUUGCUUUGUUCAUGGAAUCCACGUCUAAGGGUGCUGCCCCUUUGUUAAUAUUCACCAGCGAUACCCUGGUUUAAAUAAUUAAUUUGCUCAGAAAUGCUGUUGCCUCUGUUGUUUUUUUUUCUGUUUAAUUCAUUGUUGUUUAGGUCUCAUUUAAUGCAUUUUUAAUUGGAUGUAAUUGGCAUAAAAUCUGACUGUGUAGCUUUUGUUUACCCAGUCUAUCACUGGGCAGCAGGGAACAAUUACUUUGUGUAGUAGGUAAACAAGUCCCAUUAUAACUGUGGGGCCCCAGCCAUUGAGAGCUGUUGGUUCAGCCAUGCAUAUCAUUGUAUGCUAAUGAUGAGCACCAAGGUCCUGCGCAUGCACACACACUUCUUCCAGUGUUGCUGAAAUUGACACCCCCUGAGGACAAUCGCUCCUGACGUCUUCCCUGGUCUAAAGCUUAUCCUUUGUCACGUGUUCCAGGGGCGCAAUCAGGGGAAAUGUUUUCUCUCUACAUAUGUAGUGUUAACAUUAAGACAUUGCAAAACUCCUGGUUACAAAUGAAUUAAAAGUGUCCUAUAUUACAUUUUUUUUUUUUAUAUAAAUCUGUUUGAAAAAAAUAAUUUAAUAACCUUGCUUUUAGGAAUCUAACAGAAAGGGGCAGCAACUCAGUUCUGCUAAUGUUAACCAUUUCUUGUCUGGCCUCUCGAAGGUGGGGUAUACAAACUUUCUUUACCAAUGACCACAUCUUAGGUUGAUGUCGGUGGAUUGGCUUACUUUUAUUUCCUCCUGCUAACUUAUGAUUAAUGAUUUGUUUUUAAAUUUAUCUUGAGGGAUAUAAUUUUGUUGGCCCUCGUCAUCACCGCCGAAAGUUCUAGUGGCAAAAAGUCACAGACUGUCCUUCUGGAAUGUCACAAAACAUGUUUUUGUAAUCACAACUGAUUGCACACAGUCGAACACGAUCCCACUGGAGUGAGUUUUCCACCCUUUGUCUCCUGCAUUUGUAAGCUGCUUGGGUGUUGCUGUUAACUCUUUGUGUACCGCAGCUCUGCAUUGUCUGACAAUGUCCCAAAGUCAAGUAGGCCCGGUUGCCUCUUUAAGAGAAAGAGAUGUGUUGAUACCUCAAUCUGCCUGCUUGACCUGUUUUGUGCUGAUGUGACCAGUGAACCCUAUUGCAGUCAGAGUAGUUCAAAGGUUUCAAGAUUGUUAAGAUUCCGGUAUUUGAUCUAUGUCCUUGUUGUUAAAGGCUGGGUCGUAUGCGUUGUCAUUGCUUAAAUCACCUGCUUGAAGUUUCAUGGAAAUUACCAAAAAAAAAAAAAAUGUUUGAGCAGUAUAAAGCAGGUCACUUUAGAUAAUGUGCCCUUUUAUUUUUUUUUAUAAUAGUUUAUUUUUACAUUCUGAACCUCCAGUGUCACAAAUCAUUUUGGCCUGAUUUUACCGGUAAAUGCAAGGGUACAAGAUCAGUGAUUUAAUGAGGGGAACCUAUAAUAUGUACUUAUUAUUUUUAUAUAUAUAUAUAUAUAUACUGCGUUAUGUCCAUCCCAGAAUUAUCAAUUUUACAUUAAUCUCCCUUUAAAAAAAAUGUUUUUUUUUAUAUUAUUGGCAUUUAUAUUGCAUUAACGUAUUCUGCUGUACUUUAUAAUAUUGCAAACUAACCUAGGCUAUAAUUGUGAACACUGAUAGCCAGAAAGAAAAUCUACCUGUUGGUGGUCAUUACAACAAAACAGCUGUGAGCCUUGCCUUUGGUAUUGGGUUAUGAAUGGGCUCUUUGGCACGUGAUAUAACCACUUAUUUAGAGGUACAAUUAAAGAUCAUUAUUAGCUAAAGGAAUAGCUAGUUUACUGGCAGCAAAACAAACUAAACUGUAUUACAGUUUACAGAAAAUCUAAAACAGCCUAAAAUCAUAUAACAUUGCUCUUGAGGUUUUUGGUCUUAAUUUUGAUUAGAGAGAACUUUACUUAGUGUGAAAAAUUUGCAAUGCUGUUUUGAAAACUAUUAAAUCAGCACCAUGACUAUAGAACCAUGGCCAUCAACCAAUAACCAUAUCUGGUUAGAUGUGGAGCUCUGCUUAAUAGUAUAUAUUUCAGCUGUUCUAGAGUAGCAGGUUCAACUACAGCAGGAGUGACCUACGGAGAUCACCGGUGGAACAUAUAGCAGAACUGAAUCCAAAUUGUAAAAUUAAGAUUAAUCUAGCUGAUCUGAAAAAAAUCUCGAAUGUAGUCACAGCGUGGCUAAUUCAGCCUAUGUUUCGCACUUAAGAUUUAAUUUAAUAAAAUUUUGGGAACCGUGAAUUGUCUGGGAAUGACCAUGAAAUUUCACAUUUUAGGCCCAAAUUGGCCAGAUUAGACCUGCUUCCAACUCUGCUAGUUUGGUCAUUACAAUUUAAGGCAGGGUUCUCCAAACUCUGACCCUCCAGAUUUUGCUGAACUACAAUUCCCACGAUUCAUUGAUUGAAAUAGAUAUCCAGAGAAUCAUGGGAGUUGUAGUCAGAGUUUGGAGAACCAUGAUUUAUGAUCUUGUUACAGGCAUAGGCAACCUUCGGCACUCCAGUUGUUUUGGACUACACUUCCCAUGAUGCUUUGCCAGCAUUAUGGGUGUGAGAGCAUUGUGGGGGGUGUAGUCCACAACACCUGGAGUGCUGAAGGUUGUCUAUCCCUUGUCUAGUAAAUAACCCUAAAGGUGUUACGUAAAUGCCAUUCACUGUACUUGCUAAAACCCCUUGGCUCAUUCCUCUAUGCUGCUUGACCUGACAUCAGCAUGGUUAAACCUGGCAAAAACCUUCUGGGGAACAGACUCAACCGCAUUCUUCCAUCGUUAUCAUCAUCCAAGGUUUUGUAAAGACCUCUGCAAGCCUCUCCCUCCGCACACUACCAGUGUUUCUAAGAUACGUGUUCUGUCCUUGUAGUAGCGCAGGUUUUAAUACAUAGGCUUGAUAUCACAAACCAUUAAAAGGGCAAUCAGAAAAAUUUGCUUUGUUUGAAGUUUAGAACAUAAUUACGUUUAAUGACUAGGCUUGGACAUGUGCCACAUGGAAAAAAAGAGAGAGAGAGCAAAAAAAUAACCAUAGUCUUUUAACCUUUCCAAUAAUAAAGGAUCAGCAUUUGAUUGUGUCCGGCUCGUUAUCUAAACAAAUACGAGUUUUCUUUCCAAGAAACCCUAUUGUACACAAAGCCUUGUAUACACCUUCACUUUGAGUAAUGUGGCUCGUCUCUGCCACUUGCCUAUUUCUCCACUGAUUGAUGGACUCACAUUCGAUUUGGCUGAAUGAAAAGUAGUUUUUUUUUUCAUUCAUAGCUCCCCAGCUCUUAGACAGAAUGAACAGCUUUCAAAGAAGAGGAGGAGGUAAACUUGUCUGGACGGGAAUAUUUUUUUUAUUUUCCUUUUUUUUUUUUAGUGCGGCAGGGCCUACAGGCUGCUCCCUACUCCUUCAUGGUGGUAAACUUUUUUUUUUUCCCCAGUUUUUCUUUCUUUUUACAACGCUAAAGUUGUUUAUUCUCUUUGGAUGAAGUCUCAGAUAGGCUGCCUGUGUGCAGCUCCCUUCUCUUUUGUGUCCGUGUCAGCUCCAAUUCUUCUCGCUGCCUCUCUCUUGUUUCUGAGCGUUCAACAGCACAAGAUGAGGCAAUAGAUUGUGACAAUAGUGACACACUCUUCACUUGCAGGCAUCCAAUUACAGAGCGGAGGCCCCUUGAUUAAUAUGCUAAAAUUAGUGACCUCUGCCACAGAUAAUUCCUUACUGAACAUAACAAAAAAAAAUCUGCUGUUUUUUUAGAGUGGCCCAAAUAGGCAGCAGGCAAUUGUAGACAGACCAGUGUACAAGGUGCCGAAUGCAAGCAAUAAUUAUGUGAGGACCGCAGGGGGUAUCCCUAAAAUAUUCAAGGGGAUGAGGGAAGAUGGAGAAGGAAUCUCACUGGUAUUGCUAAAUAAAGAUGUCUUUUUUAAAAAAUAAAAAUUUUUAUUAAAUGAAAAGGUUAAAUAUCUUUAAAAAUGUAUGUACAAAUGACACAAAUAGAAAAAUGCUUGACGGAAGAAUUUUUAAGAAUGAUAGCCUGUCUAGUAAACAAUAAAUUUGCCUUUCAGACACGUUCUUCACAUACCACUGGAACAGGUGAUUUGUAUAAAUUUUAGAUGUUUUGUGUCAUAUGUAAAUACUUUUUUAAAGGUGAGACACAUACCUGUAAUAUGUAUUGUAAUCCCCAACCCUUCUCAAAGCUGUAUGUUUGAACCUUUUUAAGGUUUGUUUGUUUGUUUGUUUGAAUGUUUGUUAUUGUUUGUCCUGAAUGUUCCUCGGCGAUCUGUACAGUAAAACCGUAUUCUUUCUUUUCUGUGAAUGUAGUUUUCCAAAACUCGUCUCCUUAUUCUAAAUUGGUGACAAAUGGUGACCCACAGUCACAGCUCUGAGUUUUGUUCUCUUGCUAUUGAGGCAGGAUGAAUGAAAGUAACUGCUCACAGCAUUAAGUGAUCUGUUCAGUACUGUCAGGGUGCAAGACGCAGGGAGAUGAGAUUAAAACAAAAAAAAAUUUAUUUGUUUCAUAGGCCAAUAGAACUUAAACUAGAAAAGUUGUGUGUGUGUGAUAUUGUUUUUUUUUUUUUGUCCAGUUCUUAAAAAAUAUAUUUUAUUAAGAAAACUCCCACUUUUAACAGAUAAAUCUGUGGCUAUGACGUGCAGAAAGUGCUAUAUACACUAGAGAUUCAUCCAGUGUUAUGUAUCCGCUGUUGUUUGAUCUCAGAGCAGAAUCUUACACAUAUAUCAAAGGACAGAUGUUUCCAGCAAUCAUGGCAGAUAUAUAAUAUAGCAACAGAUCCUGUGCUCCUGAUUCUUCCUUUAAAUUAAUUCUGACUAUUUUAGGACAGUGUGGUGCGUUACGUGAUGAUUAUGUUGAUUGAAACAAGUGAAAUAUUAGUUUCACCUUGUAUUAUAAAUCUCUUAAUGCCUGACACAUUCUUACAUUUAAUUGUCGAGUCACAAAAUCUCCUUAGCGACUUCCAUGGGGGUGUGGAUUCCACCCCAGAGGCAUAUGUCUGAAUCUGCAUGACCCAAAAUGCUCAGCUUGUUUUGAAUACAUUUCGGAAUUUCCAACCGAGAAAGAAAACUAGUUCAGUGUUAUGGAGGCACUACCAGGUCAGCUUUGAUUAUUAUACUUUGCGGCUUUUUAAAACUGUUUUCACUGCGUUGUUUUUGAUGAUGGAUUAGAUAUCACCUUCAGUCACAGACGCUGUUCCUUCAUGGAAGCUGUCAUCCCAAAGCAGCAGGGGUAGACUGUAUUCCGCGUAAUCGCACUAUGGUUCGUGAGGCAGGGUAGUUAUCGAAAUGAUCUUAUGCCAAUCGGCCUGAUUGACUGACUGACUCAAUUAAUACAUUUUAAACGUCCUUGUGUGGCUGAAGGGUAAAAAGUGUUUUUUAAAAAGCUGAAAUAUUCCUAAGAGUACAGCAUGAGACCCUGUAUUGGAGUUGCAUUGCCUUAACAGGAAACACAAGGCUGGCUUUGUAAAGACCUACAGCAGUGCAGCUUGGAUAGGGUCCCAGUGCCGUAGUGGUAUUGUGUCAUAUCAGAGUGCAACUGAUUACUGACUGUUCUUAGACCCCAGACACUUAGCCCUGGUUUAUUAUAUUCAGCCUGUGUUGUCAAGAUGGAUGUGAGCCAGUGACUAGCAGUCAGAUACUUACAAAGGAUUUCUAAGGUGUGAAUAUGGCUAGUGUGGGCAACUGCUGGUUUGUCAAAAGCAUUAAGAUAUUUAUGACCGUCUGCUUGCUGUCAGAUUGGGACCUUUGAGACAAUCAAGACUCUUUAAAUCUCAAUGCCGAGUCUGAAUGGAACUAAGAAGUAAAAAGUGCAUUACCAGGUCACAUUGAAUAAGCUGCGAAGCGAAAAAAAGGAGUGUCAACAGAGGCAUAAAAGUGUGAUGACUUUUGUUCCUCGCAUUGCACUAGCCCGUUGAAUAGAGGAUGCGAUACAUGCUACUCUUUGGAAUUAGAGGUUUUUGUAUAAAAAAUUACUAAAUUACCAUUUUAGCACAAAAUGUUUGUGGAAAAAAGACAACUGGAUGAAUUUCCAAACUUUAAAUAAUGCAUAGUCUGAGACUAAAAACAGUAAUCACAUUAAACCAUAGCUUUCUCUGUGCUGGCAAUUAGGAUACAUUUCGUUUUAUAAAAGGCUUUUAAAAUGUAAGACUUGGAUUGCAAUACGCAUCCCACUCAUUUUAACAUUUGUAUUUUUUUCCUUACUGUCUCCUUUUUAGAUGUAAAGUUUAUAUCAAAUCCCCCUUCCAUGGUUGCAGCGGGCAGCGUGGUGGCGGCAGUACAGGGUCUGAAUUUGGGGAACACGGACAGUGUGCUCUCUUCUCAACACCUCACUGUUUUCUUAUCACAAGUCAUCAAAUGCGACCCGGUAAGUCAUUAUUUUUUUAUCUGUUUUGUUUUGUUGGGCAUAGGGCAAACAACAAAUUUUAGGGUAAUCUAAAACAACUUGGUGAAAACUAUUUAUGUAUCCAAAAUUUUAUGUUUGGACAGUUGCUAGGCAUUAGACAAUCAUACUGCAGCUGCCAUCACUCUAGAACCAGGCUGUGGAGGGAUAGGAGAACAACAAAAGUUGGGAAUCGAUGGCUUCUUAGUCCUCCGAUUAGAUAAUAUACAUGAUGUGACACAAAUAAGACUUUGGAGGUCAGAUAAGUUUUAUUUCUGUACAGAGAUAUAUGGGUAGUCCUUCACAGUUGUCAGUUAAUGGAAUAAUCCUGUUUGACAAUGUGCUACCAGAUGAUUAGCAAGCAGAUACAAUUAUUCUGCUAAAAUCUCUGUCUUCGUAAACAUCAUUAAGUUCGUGAAGAGCACAUAUGUGGGGGAGACGACUCGCAAGAUGUGAAGAUUUUAGGAAAGAGUGACUUGGUGGCAUCUCUAACCUUGAAUGGAAGACUUCCCAGGAUUCUAUUGUCCUGUACCGUGUGAAGGACCUUUGUUAAGCGGUCUUUAAUGAUCUCAUUUAGUUUAUAGUAGCUGGUAUUCCGUCCCAGCAGGAGGGGUGCUGCCAUCAGCAUUCUCCUUGUGCCCUCUGGCCUUGUAGAGUUGCACCUUGGUAACUUGAGAACACUGAACAUUCCCUACAGUGAAUGAGGCCAGGAAAGAAUUUCACAAGGAAGAGUGGAAGUCAGUGAUCCGUAGCAUAAUGCUAUGAAGUUGGGGUCAACCUCCACUUUGUUCUCUAACAAUGCCUCUGCCCACUAAAAGAAAGCAUUAAAAAGACCUUGUGAGGUCUACAGGCACUGGUUAACGAGGCACACACCUCAGGAGUUACGACAUAGGAAGAAAAAAAAUUGCAUUAAGGAAGCAGACUCUGGUUUAUUCAAUUAACCUGAAAUUGCAAAGAAAGAAAGAAAAACUGUAAAAUUAAGGCCAAACUAGCAAAAUUGUCAAUUUUGCUGAUUAGGAGGUUUUAUCUAAAUUUGCUCUUUUGGUCUUUAAUUUACAUAGUGGUUUUCAGUAAUUAUAGGUAGAUUCAAGCCUUUAUUUGAAUGGAUAAGGAGCUCUGUGGUUUUUUUGUUUUGUUUUUUUAAUCCUAAAUUUCUAAGAAAUGUUAUAUUUGUUUUCUUGAUAUAUCUAAAAAGCUUUAAUCCUCUUAAUUCUGGUACAUUUGCAUAUUUUUAGUAUAUCUGCUGCUAUAAGCAAGUCCUUGCUUUUCACAGAGAAUUGCAUGUUUUUUUUCAUUUUCCUGUCUGUCUCCUGACACAGUCUAAUCCACUGCACUGUGGUUGGCAUAAAAUGUCCCUGCCGCAGGAACUAUUAGCCAGGGAUAGUUGGCUUUGAAUCAUGUAAUUAAUCUAGAAAGGGCUUAAAACUGAGCACUCCAUGGGCAGCAAAAAUCUGAUCAGCGAAGCAGAAAAGUUGUUGGCACAAAAUUUCAAAGCAAAUCUUAAGUGUUCUGUUGUUCCUGUCCCAGCGAUUUUUGCUUCUGACUGUAGAGGUCUCCUAUGUAGGACAAUGUACGCACUUCACUGGGGAUUAGGAAAUAUUGUUAGGGCUACUGGUAAAAAGAUCAUUGUUACAGUGUUUGUUUAUCCAAGAGCAGGUUUGUUAUAAUACUGGGGGUAAUAUGAAAUUUAAGGGAAUUUCAUGUAAACUGUAGGCAAAUAAUGAUCAGAUCUACACUUGGGGAAAGUGCAACUAGCCUUCUCUGUGACUAAACACACUGGAUGUUUCAAAGGAUUAGAUGGGCUUUGUUGUCUAUUGUUUCCAAAUGUGGGGUUCUGAUGUUCUUUAAAUAUUGAAAGUAGCAUAAUGUACUGUGAUUUGUACAGCGCUACGGAAUCUGAUGGCGCUAUAUAAAUAAUAAAAUAAUAAUAAUAAUUAGCAAAGGUCAGCCAUGUACCAAUAUAAAAAGUGUGUUGGAAGACAAAACACAACUGUGAAACAGAUUGAGAGAAAAUGUAUCUCUCUGCAUAAAGUUAUUAAAAGGUACGAAAAGAGCUGGGUAGACAAAACCUUCCAGCACCAACCUUCGCAGACUUGGAGCAGGGUUACGGAUGUUAUGCAAGAACGUUCUCCCGGUGGUGUACGUUGUGUGAAGCCAUUAGGUGCACAUUAGCAUGCACCUCGUAGGAAACAAAUUUUGAUAAAUACAAUGUAUUCACUUGCUGAGGACAUUUGCUUGCAUUUUAUAUGCAUUUUGUGGAUGACUGUCUCUUUAAGUAACUCUAUUGAAGAAAUUCACCAAAUUAGAAACAGAUGCUUGUGGCUAGAUUUUCUACUUAUCCACUUCCAACACAUGCUGUACUUAAAGCUGUGUAUUAAACAGAAAUAUGCUUGCAAACGUAUCAGCUUAUACAGUCGGUGGAAAUUAAAAGUGUUUCCAAUACCAUUGCCUUGUUUGAGUUAACACUGGUAAAAAAUGGUUUGACAUCUUUUUUUUUUUUUUUUUUUAAAUCUCCUUAUAUUACCAUUGGAAAUAUAUAGGGUUAGCAUUGGUCCAUAAACCCAUUGCGUAUUACAGAGACCCAAUUCAUUCUCUGGAGUCGGAAUCCCGUCUUCCUAAAAUUGACAGACAUUGCUGCUGUGCUGUGCCAGCAAGCCAAACUAUGUUGUAUUUAACCCCUUAAGGACACAUGACAUGUGUGACAUGUCAUGAUUCCAUUUUAUUCCACAAGUUUGGUCCUUAAGGGGUUAAAGCAAGUUGAAUUUGGUGAGUUUCUCUUGUGGUAAUAUGUCCAUUACCACAUCCUGAAUUGAGCCCCUUUAUUAUUGUUAUUAUUAUUAUCAUUAUUUUAUUAUUUAUAUAGCGCCAUCAGAUUCCGUAGCGCUGUACAAUGGGUUAGUUGAAACUUACAUAAAGACAAAGGGUAUUCAGCUCAGAAAUUUGGUGAACUUCUCAUCAUGUGGGUUGAAAUAGCAAUUUUGUUUAACAAGAGUUAAAAGUCGGAACAUGUAACAUUGAUUCCUGAUUCUCCUUGUGCUGUGUUUUAUAAAGGUUUUGGUAGCAGAAAACUGGGUCAGAGUUAAUAAAAAUCAAAAGAAUGUACCUACUUGUUACACUGGUUUCAUGGAAAAUUAUCCUCUUUAAAACGUUGCCCCACUUCUUUUAGCAGCACAGACCUGUUGUAUCUACUUAAAAACACACAAAAUGUUUCAGUUGAGUUUGUUUUGGAAGGUAUACAUGUAUCACCCAUGGUAACAUUUCACGUCUCCUUUCUUUAUCCAAGGACUGUUUACGGGCAUGCCAAGAACAGAUUGAAUCUCUUCUGGAAUCGAGCUUGCGCCAAGCACAACAGCCACACAGUUUGUCCACAGACACAAAGACAGUGGUCGACGAAGCGGACCUUUCCUGCACCCCAACGGAUGUUAGGGAUGUGAACAUUUGAUACACUUGUGUCACUGACUUAUUUCACCAUGGAGUGCGCAUGGCAAAGGCUUCUUGGAUUGAAGUGCGACCAGGCUCAUCACUUGGAGCCAAACCUCUGGACAUUGUAAAAAAAAACAAACAAACAAAAAAACAGGCAGGCGAACAUCACUUCUUCUGACUGUUCCACCUGUGACCUUAAACAACAAAAAUCAAAUAACACCCAAAAACUUUUCACAAAAAAAAGUUUAAAAAAAAAAACAAGAAAAAAUAGUAUUUGCAUAAAUCUCUGCGGGUUUGUGCUACAAAAAGAGGAUUUUUAUAAGACAAUAAUCACUUAGUUUUAUUUUUAUAGUGUUCAUGUCUUUAUGUUGUAAAAAUAGGCAUUAACACAUGAGAAAAGUCUCCAGGGGAGGUACUAGUUUUGAUUCAUUACAUGCAAUAUAGCCAUUUUUUAAGUAGAAGAGGUUGUUUUUAGAUAGAAAUAUAUAAAUAUAUAUAUCUUUAUUUUCCUAAAAUAUCUGUCCCUUUCAUGCAGUUUAGGCGUCUAUAUCUUGCUUGCUGUUGCAUGUAGUCACUUUAUUACUCAUUUUUCUAUUUUAUUGUAGUCGAAUAUCCUCUUCACUUUAAAAAUGGUUACUGCAACGCAGAGGGUUGCGAACCCUUCUGUAAAAAUUACAAUAGUGUAUCUUUAGUAUAGUGUAUUACUAUAUGUUAAUCAUUUGCGUCUGUGGAUUACCUGUGUAUAGGGCUUGGAAGGUGCCAGUCUAGAAUUGCCUCGAGGUAUAGUUGAAUGCCCAUAUUAUACUCUAUUAUAAAGAGAAACGGACAUAGUGAACAUAAUAUAUUAUAUUUUUAUAAUCUUCAUUUUGUUUUAGCUGCCUGCGUAUCAUUCAGUGGUUCUGAAGCCUAUACGUGUCGGGUUAAAUCCACAGCCUAGAUUGUUCUAGAUUCUAAUACCAUUCUAUUUCAAAGCACUUUGGGUCUAUUAAGUAUGGCAAAUAAUGCUGUUUUUACGUGGGAAUCAACAAAACGGAAUGGUUUGGAAAUACAUUUGGUGCUUUUAUGCAACCGCAGAUGCAAAGCGAGUGCUUUCAGUUUUUUUGUUUUUGUUUGUUUUUUUUUUCCUUAGGAUAAAAAAAAAAAAAAAAUAGGAUAAUUUAGCUUUUGCACCAUAAACUGCUUCUGUGUGUCUUUGUAGAAGUGGUGAAAUUUAGAAAUUAUGUUGGUGCAGGUUUAAUUUGUGGCUUUAUGUGUUCACAUAAAGAGCAAGAUUUUUUUUUUUUUAAAAGGCUUUAUCUCAAGUUAAUAUUGAACGAAAGCUUUUUUUUUUUUUUAAACACUAAACUAUGAUAAUUUAUAGCUAAGGCUAAAAUAAAUAUUUAUUGCAGAAUAUCCCGCACAAGGCCAGUAUAAUCUGUAAAAUGAAAAAUGCAAUUUCCCUUUUUUUUAUUGAAUAAUUACCGUUAUACCCCUCAAUGAUGGAGAGAAUAAACACAGCAUUAAAAGCCCAGUUAGGGGCCACGAUGCUGCAUAGAUAAGUUGUGGAUUUGGUAUAUUUAAAAUGAAAUGAAUCAAUUUGAAAGAAUUUCCCCUUUUUUAUUUUGUUCGUAUUUCCACCCCCCAAAAAAAGUAGGAAAUUUGCACAACAUGGCUGUAUCAUGUCCUUUUUUUUAUCGUAGAGAAUAGUUUUGAUGGAAAACAGGAUGGAAUUAUGAUAGGAGUAUUUAAUGAGCUAUAUAUGUGAGAACUUGCCCUUAAAAAUGAUUGUAAAAUUAAGGAGAAAAAAAAAUGGAGUUGUUCUCCAGUUUCAUUUAAGCUGCUAUAAAAAUGUUCCCAGCACCGUUUUGGAAAAACAAAUUUUACAGUGCUUUUCUGUAUCUAUGUCAUUGUGUUUUGCUGCUAUUGUGUGGAUUAGUCCUUAUUUUGUUUUAUGUUUUCUUCUUUUUUUUUCCUUUUUCUUUUUUUUGUUUUUGUUUAUAUAAUGUCAAAUACUGCCAUUUUCUAGAAUUGAAUUUUCUCAUAGAAAAUUAUAUUAUGAACAUCAUGGUUUUUUUGUAGGUUUGGUAUGUGAUCAAUUUUUACCUUAAUGUGAUUACUGCUCUAUUCCAAAAAAAAAAAGAAAAAAAAAAAAAGGUUCUUGUUUCACAAUACCUCAUGUCUAAUUUUACCACAUAGACCAGGUAUCGUGUGCUCAGUGUCUCUUUGUCCUAGUGUUAGUUAAACUUGGAAUGGGGCUCCAGAAAGAGAUUGCGUUGUUUUUUUUUCAUGUACAAAGGAAAAAAAAAAGACAGCAAAAAUGCUUUUAGAUGAACAAAACAUGUUCUUUUAUGGAGAAGGGUAUGUAAUGUGGGUCUUAUAUUGAUGGCCGAGGUGUAACCAGCGGCAUAACCUGUAUUCCCGACCCUUAUUUUAGAUCUUUCUGUCUCAUUCUACAAACCGAAAACCAUAGAGACUGUGGAUUCUGCAGUUUAUUUGCCAAAUUGAAAGUUCCCCUCUGUUAUAAUUCUUCAUACUCAAUGGCCAUUACUCAGAGGUAUAAGAACUUUAACCAGGUUAUACUGGCAAUCCUGUUGUCCCACCAUUUUUUAAUACACUGAAGUUCAACACAUCCUGGUGGACAAAUACCUAUCUUUGUAGGACAAGGCAUUGUGUUCUGCUCUGGUCUGGUUACACCUCCAACCAAAAUUUAAAGUUGACAUGUAAAAGGAAUGUUAAAUGUUUUGAUACAAUGUAAUGUAUACCACUUGAUCGAUCUGUUGCAGAGGGACGUGUUCAGAAAUCAGUUGUGUAUCUAGCUCAUUUGCUGUGGUCCAUGUUCUGUAAAGCAAAACACUAGGAGGCUCCUGAUGAUUUUGGGGUGACUGUACCAUGGAGCAGGUCUGAACUGCACACAUGGAGAGCAGGAGGUCCUCUGUGCUACAUCUCCUGCGUUUUAUAUGAUAGCAAGCCAGUUAAUAGUCUUAAAAUGAAGAACCUAUUUGCUGGAUUCUGCAUGCUGCUAAACCAAAUACAAAUUCAGAAGGAAAACAAAAAUGGAGAGAUAAAAGCGUAAAAAAAAGAAAAUCACGGUUUUCAUUACUUUAUUUUUUUUUUUUGUAUUGUUGGGGUCCAAGAGCACUGGACACACAUCCUGCCCAAAUUUCAGGAACAUUUCUUACUGUUUACCUCAAAUGUCUCUGUCCAUGUGUUCAGCACCCUUUCUUUCCUGGACCAAAUGUGAUAAUCGCGUCAGUGGAUCCCAGUUGUGUUAUUUCUGGGCAAACAUGCGUACAACAUUAUCCACGGAUACUGUAUGUACUGCAAGGCCAAAGGCUGAAAAGUUGUUCCAACAAAGAUGUGUUGUGUGUCAAUUUUACAGUUCUUCAGUUCUUUGUUUAGUAUACAAAUUGUUCAGCUGCGUUCAUUUGUUUUAUGAUCAUUACGGCAUUGUUGGUCUGAAACGCACAUUGUCAUCACCAGACCUGUUCCACCUAAUUGUCCAUAUCAGAGUCUUAUUAAAACUUAUCAUGAAUUUAAGUCUAAAAAUAAAUUCUGUAUAAAAAAGACAAAUAA